AUGAACAGAAUCAUUAGAAAUCUCAAUAGAAGCAUUUAUUUAAUAUCAAAUUCAUCGAAACCAUCACUAUCUUUGAUUAGAAAUUAUUCUACAUCUUAUAUUGCUGAUGAUGUAGAUCCAAAUGAUAAUUUCGAUUGGUUAAAUAAAAGAUCAACAAAGAAAGUAACAUCUGUUAACGAUAUUUUAAAUCAAAAUAAAUCAUCAACUAUUCAACAACAACAACAACAACAACAACAAAAUAAUAUUGAUCAAUCAGAAAUAAAUGAUGAAUCAUUGAAAAGUGAAAUAGAUAAAGCAUCAACAGAGUGGAAUCAACCGAUCGACCGUGCCAAUCUUACACUUUCAACGUUGGUUCGUGUUUGUGGUAAAUUAAAUACCGAUCAAGAGAGACAUGAUCAUAUAGUUCGUAAAUUGGAAUCGAUCAUCAAUGCUGACAACGACACCAACAACCAGCAGGAAUCAUCAGAUAUCACUUUGGAUCACUGUCAUCAACUUUUACGUGAAUUUGUAGAUAGAACUCAAAUAGAGUUGGCCGAACAACUAUUUAGAAUGCUUACAACCACCAAAGAUACAACCAUUGAACGUUUAAAUAUAAAGUUACAACAAGAAAAACAACAUCAUCAACAACAAACACAAAACAAAAAACAAUAUAUUGAAAAACAAAGAGAAGAUAAUACAUCGAAUUUAAUAUUUAAAUGUAUUAAAGCAAAUAACUUGACAUAUAAAUUGUUGAUGGAAGUCUACUCUAACGAUGGUCUGCUCGAUAAGUGUAUGGAGGUGUUUGAACAAAUGAUUGGACGUCAUAUGAUUCCAGAUGCCGAAUGCUAUUUAAUUGUAAUCCGUGGUUACACUCGCGCCAAUAAGCCUGACGAUGCACUUGCCUAUUUCAAUAGAAAGAUUCCACCCAAUGUUCUCAGCCAUCCAACAGAACAACUGAGUGCACUCAAUGAAAUCAUUGGAUGCUACGCUCGACUUGGAAAUAUCGAAUCGUUGGAACAAACACUAAAGUACAUGACUGGAACCGUUGGAUUGUCGUACGACAGCUUUACAUUCCAACAUAUGAUCGAUGCCUAUGUGAAAUGUGGAGAUAUCCGCCAAGCCGUUUCACUAUUGUAUUUGAUGGACGAUAGCAAUGUAGCUACAACCACCUAUAGCUAUCACCGUGUUUUCGAAGCUUUGGGAAGAGAAGCACUGGUUGGUCAACUCUUCAGAUUGUUCGAGUUGAUGAACCGUCCAGGCAAACCGAUGAUUGAAUCGUACUUGACCGAUGAUUUCUAUCAACGCGGUGAAUUCAAAGUUAGCAAUCAAUGGCGACCAAACAUCGCCACUUUCAACGUACUGAUCGAAGCAUGUUGUCGAGCACAAGAUCUUGAAAAAGCAUUUGAAACACUAUCAUCGAUGCAAACCAACUAUCAACUAACACCAUCAAGCGAGAUCUAUUCAUCAUUGGAAGCACUAUCACUAAAACAAAAUAAAAUGGAAUUGUACAACAAACAUUGUGGUGAUCAAUUUCAUAUAAUAAAACAUAUAGAUUAA